GAAAAAGGGAAAAAAUAAUAAUAAAAGUGAAGAGAAAUAGUCCACAUAUAUGACUUUCUCUAAGCAUGAAAAGCACUUAUGGAGAUGGCCAAAGUCAGAAAGGCUGAACUGAAUCGUACUCAAGAAGCCAUAACCCUAAUUCUCUGAAAAUCCAUGCUCGGAGAACAACAAGGAGAAGGAGAGGAGGUGGAAACAACCCUAGGCGGUGGUGGCGGCGGUAGUGGUGGUGGUUUUGCUGCAAAUAUGAACAUCAACAUGAAUAUAGGGAAUUUGAAGAUGAAGGAGGAGAGAGUGCCGCAGUGGAGUCACCAGGAAACCAAAGACUUCAUCGCCAUCCGGGCGGAGCUGGAGAGAGACUUCGCGCUCACCAAGCGGAACAAGACUCUGUGGGAAGCUGUGGCGUCCAAGAUGAAGGAGAUGGGGUAUAAGAGAACUCCUGAUCAGUGCAAAUGCAAGUGGAAGAAUCUUGUUAACCGCUAUAAGGGAAAGGAGACAUCUGAUCCAGAGAAUGGUCGACAAUGCCCAUUCUUUGAGGAGCUCCAUGCAAUAUUUGAAGAGCGAGCAAAGAACAUGCAGCGACGACUGCUUGAGUCCGAGGCAGGUUCCAUGCAGUCAAGGAAGAGGGCAAGGAGAAUCAGUGCAGGAGAUCAUUCCUCAGAUGAGUUCUCAGAAGAUGAAGACGAUGAUGAAGAUGACAGUGAAGAGGAGAGACUCCCAAGAAGCAGCAAUCCCCGGAAAAGGAAGGCUGAGAGGGAAAGGCCGUUGAGGGCAACGGCAUCAGAUGUAAAGUCAGUAAGACCACCCAAUGCUGCAAAUAUCAGUAGUGCUAGUAGUAUCCCGGAAAUGCUUAAGGAAUUUUUCCAGCAGCAGCAGAGGAUGGAGAUGCAGUGGAGGGAGGCCAUGGAGAGGCGUGCUCAAGAGAGGCAGAUGUUUGAGCAGGAAUGGCGACAGUCCAUGGAGAAGCUUGAGCGGGAGAGGCUGAUGGUUGAACAGGCGUGGAGGGAGAGGGAAGAGCAGAGGAGAGCGAGGGAAGAGAGCCGGGCUGAGAAGCGAGAUGUCCUCCUCACCACCCUUCUCAACAAGCUCAUCCAUGAGAAUCAUCUUUGACAUAGCUGGGUUUGUAUCCUAACUCUCACUCUCUUAUAUAUAUAUAUAACAUCUAUACAAGAAGCAGUCGUAUACUUGAUUGUACGAACAGAUAAGACAGUGAAUGCGCAUACCCAAAAAAGGAAAAAAAAAAGGAAGAAGAAAGGGUAGAGGCAUGAAGGUAUACAAGUAAUUAGGGUUUACAAAAUGUAGGAAGAAAUCUUCAAAUUCUUUGAAUUGGAAUCCCUAGAAGAAGGAUAUAAGUUUGGAGUUGAUGUUGGUAGUGGUUGUAAUUUUUUACUUUGGCUUGAAAACAAACAUUGUUUCAAUUCAUGUGAAGUUUGUGAUGUAUUCUUUUAUCAAUGUAUUGAAAGCAAAAAUUGAUACUGAA